AUGAUAAGAUCAGUGUGUAUGAAUAGCCAAAUCGCCAGGAAGGCAUUGCUAAGGUCCUUUGCCACGAAAUCUUCAGUAGCCAACAAAGUGCGUAUUGUUGAAGUAGGACCCCGAGAUGGCUUACAAAAUGAACCAAAAAUAUUGCCCACCGAUGUAAAAAUAUCUCUUAUUGAUCAACUUUCCGAAACGGGAUUGCAAACUAUUGAAGCUACAAGUUUCGUCAGUCCAAAGUGGGUGCCGCAGAUGGGCGACAAUGCGCAAGUGCUACAGGGUAUACGUAAAGUGCCGGGUAUUGCAUAUCCGGUGCUUACUCCAAAUUUGAAAGGGUUCGAAAGUGCACUAAAGGCUGGAGCACAAGAAGUUGCAGUUUUUGGCGCUGCCUCGGAUGCCUUUUCCAAAAAAAAUGUUAAUUGUACUGCAUCUGAAAGUAUUGAACGUUUUAGACCCGUAUUGGAAGCUGCCAAAAAGCACGAUAUAAAGGUCCGCGGUUAUGUUUCAACGGUAGUCGGGUGUCCGUACCAAGGCCCAAUUAAACCGAAAGAUGUUGUGAAAGUUGUUGAGGCCCUGUAUGAUAUGGGUUGUUAUGAGAUUUCGUUGGGUGAUACAAUUGGAGUUGGUACUCCCGGUACCAUGCGAAAAAUGUUGGAUGAAGUUGUGCGAGUUGUGCCUUCUGAAAAAUUAGCUGUACACUGCCACGAUACCUAUGGCCAGGCACUGGUUAACAUUUUCACAGCUCUAGAUUAUGGGAUAUCUGUGGUUGAUACCUCGGUGUCUGGUCUGGGUGGCUGUCCCUAUGCUCGCGGUGCCUCCGGCAACGCUGCCACUGAAGAUGUUGUAUAUAUGUUGCAUGGAAUGGGCGUACAGACCGGAGUUGAUUUAGAAAAAUUAAUUUCUGUUGGUCGAUUUAUAUGCCAAAAGCUGGGCCGAGUUUCCGAAUCUAAAGUUAACCGUGCUUGGAAGGGAUCUUCUAACUGA